AGGCGGGGAGCGUGGGGGCCCGCGGUGGAACUUGCCCGGGUGUUUCCUGGCGACGGGGGAAGUGAGGCGCCGCCGCGGAGAGUGGGAGCCGCGCUUCUCCCCCCUCCCGGGCGCCCGAUCUACCAUGAGACCCGCCAUCUUCCCGCUCCUGCCUGACCCUGGCUGCCUCUUCCUCCUCCUCCUCCUCCUGGUGUCUUGGCUUUUUAAUCCAACAAGAAGUGAAAUAACAAGUCUAGAUAGUGGAAAUAUAGAUGACAUUUUAAACAAUGCAGAUGUUGCUUUAGUUAAUUUUUAUGCUGAUUGGUGCCGCUUCAGCCAAAUGCUGCAUCCUAUUUUUGAGGAAGCUUCUAAUGUAAUUAAGGAAGAAUAUCCAGAUAAGAAUCAAGUUGUGUUUGCUAGAGUAGACUGUGAUCAGCAUUCGGAUAUAGCUCAGAGAUACAGGAUAAGUAAAUACCCAACUCUGAAACUCUUCCGGAAUGGAAUGAUGAUGAAGAGAGAAUACAGGGGCCAGAGAUCUGUGACAGCAAUAGCAGAUUAUAUCAGGCAGCAGAAGAGUAACCCUAUUCGGGACGUCCAGGAUUUGGAAGAAAUUAGUUCUCUUGAUCGCAGCAGAAGAAAUAUUGUUGGAUACUUUGAGCAAAAGGACUCUGACAAUUACAGAACCUUUGAAAGAGUAGCGAAUAUUUUGCAUGAUGAUUGUGUAUUCCUGUCUGCCUUUGGGGCUAUUUCAAAAGCAGAGAGAUUUAGCGGAGACAAUGUAAUCUACAAGCCACCAGGGGAAAAUGCUCCAGAUAUGGUGUAUUUAGGCUCGCUAACCAAUUUUGAUUUGAUUUAUGCAUGGACACAAGACAAAUGUGUACCACUAGUUCGAGAAAUUACGUUUGAAAAUGGGGAGGAACUGACAGAAGAAGGCCUUCCUUUUCUCAUACUUUUCCACAUGAAAGAUGACUUGGAGAGUUUAGAGAAGUUCCAACAGGAGGUUGCACGUCAGUUAAUAAGUGAAAAAGGUACAAUAAACUUCCUCCAUGCUGACUGCGAUAAAUUCAGGCACCCACUCCUCCAUAUUCAGAAGACUCCAGCAGACUGCCCUGUUAUUGCCAUUGAUAGCUUUAGGCACAUGUACGUCUUUCCAGACUUCAGUGACUUGUCAGUUCCAGGUAAACUGAAGCAAUUUGUACUAGACUUGCAUUCUGGAAAAUUGCAUAGAGAGUUUCAUCAUGGCCCUGAUCCAACUGAUGUAGCACCUGGUCAGCCAAUUCAGGAUUUAGCAAGCAGCCCACCAGAGAGCUCAUUCCAGAAACUGGCACCCAGUGAACAUAGGUACACCUUAUUGAGGGAAAAAGAUGAACUUUAAAAACUUGAAAUAAUCUUGCAAGCCUUUCAGACAGCAUUGACUUGUGUGGUGGAAAUAGUAAACCUAUAUUUUCAUAAUUCUAUGUGUAUUUUUAUUUUGAAUAAACUGAAAAAUAAUUUUUUUUCUCCCCAGGCUUGUAAAUACAUUUGUUUGGUGGGUCAUUCUGUACAGCAUCUUUCAAACAGUAUGUUCCUAAUGCUAUAGUAAAAUAUCAGAGACCCAUCCAGACUCUUGAUCUAACUCUGUUCUGUAAAACUUUUAUAAUCCAAAUGAAGGUAUCCUUGCCAGAGACAUGCUGUUAACUUGCACUAUCCCAUUAAAUAGGACUUCUGGGUUGUUUUCUGUGUAACCUUGGUAGAAUGUGCUUUUUCUUCUUCAUGUGAACAGCUAUCCUGGUAAUCUAUUUCUUUGUCACAUUUUUCUCCAACUUAAGAGGGUCUUCUAUUCUGGAUACUUGGGAGGGGAAUAAAUUAAAGUUUUACAGAA